UCUCGCAAGCGGAAAUUGCAAGAUCCGCAGCUCCACCAUUGUGCAGUCUCUCAACGUCUUCAAACGCAUCAAUCAAUCUUGAAUAUGACAAGGGCAUUGUCGUGUGCUCCGUUGGUGGCAUUGGUUGGCGUGCUGGUUUGGCCUCUGUGUUGUUAUAGCCGUCACUUGGCCGACCUUCCAGUCGACCCCUUUGUCCAUGUGGCCGAUACUGAAUGUGGGAAAGAGAAAACGCGUUGCGUCACGUCGGCGGCCUCUGCUCAGUUUGGAUGUUGCGCGAUGCGCAAUGCUACUUGCUGCACGGAUGGAAUACACUGCUGUCCGCGUGGAUUCGAUUGCGGGAUGAAAAACGGGUUUGUAAAAUGCUUUCCAGGGGCUUCCGGUUUGUUUCCGGUUUUGCCGGUAAACAGUGUUAAUUGCUUGGGUGGUGGGACUUGUCCGGAUGGGGAGACUUGUUGUUCGUUAGGAAAGAACGGUGAGGGCUGCUGCCCGCUUGAAAAUGCCGUUUGCUGCUCUGAUCGUCAGCAUUGCUGUCCAAGUGGGUACACGUGUGAUGAUGACAAUGGUUUGUGUUUAAACUCAAACGAGAUCGAAAUGCGAUAUGUUCGUGUCAGGUCGGAUGACGUUUCUGUGAGAGAUGUGACAUGCCCAGAUGGUGAUACUUGUGAGGAUGGUAACACUUGUUGUAGUCUUGGAACUGGUGAUUAUGGCUGCUGUCCUCUUCCAAAUGCAGUCUGUUGUUCUGAUCACUUGCAUUGCUGUCCCAGUGGAACAACCUGUGAUACAACUAGUAACACAUGCCUGGAGUCUCCCAUAAAAUUUAUUGAUAUCAAAUCUAGUGACAUUUCAGUGACAGACGUGACAUGCCCAGAUGGUGAUACUUGUGAGGAUGGUAACACUUGUUGUAGUCUUGGAACUGGUGAUUAUGGCUGCUGUCCUCUUCCGAAUGCAGUCUGUUGUUCUGAUCACUUGCAUUGCUGUCCCAGUGGAACAACCUGUGAUACAACUAGUAACACAUGCCUGGAGUCUCCCAUAAAAUUUAUUGAUAUCAAAUCUAGUGACAUUUCUGUGACAGUCGUGACAUGCCCAGAUGGUGAUACUUGUGAGGAUGGUAACACUUGUUGUAGUCUUGGAACUGGUGAUUAUGGCUGCUGUCCUCUUCCGAAUGCAGUCUGUUGUUCUGAUCACUUGCAUUGCUGUCCCAGUGGAACAACCUGUGAUACAACUAGUAACACAUGCCUGGAGUCUCCCAUAAAAUUUAUUGAUAUCAAAUCUAGUGACGUUUCAGUGACAGUCGUGACAUGCCCAGAUGGUGAUACUUGUGAGGAUGGUAACACUUGUUGUAGUCUUGGAACUGGUGAUUAUGGCUGCUGUCCUCUUCCGAAUGCAGUCUGUUGUUCUGAUCACUUGCAUUGCUGUCCCAGUGGAACAACCUGUGAUACAACUAGUAACACAUGCCUGGAGUCUCCCAUAAAAUUUAUUGAUAUCAAAUCUAGUGACAUUUCUGUGACAGUCGUGACAUGCCCAGAUGGUGAUACUUGUGAGGAUGGUAACACUUGUUGUAGUCUUGGAACUGGUGAUUAUGGCUGCUGUCCUCUUCCAAAUGCAGUCUGUUGUUCUGAUCACUUGCAUUGCUGUCCCAGUGGAACAACCUGUGAUACAACUAGUAACACAUGCCUGGAGUCUCCCAUAAAAUUUAUUGAUAUCAAAUCUAGUGACAUUUCUGUGACAGUCGUGACAUGCCCAGAUGGUGAUACUUGUGAGGAUGGUAACACUUGUUGUAGUCUUGGAACUGGUGAUUAUGGCUGCUGUCCUCUUCCAAAUGCAGUCUGUUGUUCUGAUCACUUGCAUUGCUGUCCCAAUGGAACAACCUGUGAUACAACUAGUAACACAUGCCUGGAGUCUGGCAUAAAAUUUAUUGAUAUCAAAUCUAGUGACGUUUCUGUGACAGUAGUGACAUGCCCAGAUGGUGGUACUUGUGAGGAUGGUAACACUUGUUGUAGUCUUGGAACUGGUGAUUAUGGCUGUUGUCCUCUUCCGAAUGCAGUCUGUUGUUCUGAUCACUUACAUUGCUGUCCCAGUGGAACAACCUGUGAUACAACUAGUAACACAUGCCUGGAGUCUGGCAUAAAAUUUAUUGAUAUCAAAUCUAGUGACGUUUCAGUGACAGUCGUGACAUGCCCAGAUGGUGAUACUUGUGAGGAUGGUAACACUUGUUGUAGUCUUGGAACUGGUGAUUAUGGCUGCUGUCCUCUUCCAAAUGCAGUCUGUUGUUCUGAUCACUUGCAUUGCUGUCCCAAUGGAACAACCUGUGAUACAACUAGUAACACAUGCCUGGAGUCUGGCAUAAAAUUUAUUGAUAUCAAAUCUAGUGACGUUUCUGUGACAGUAGUGACAUGCCCAGAUGGUGGUACUUGUGAGGAUGGUAACACUUGUUGUAGUCUUGGAACUGGUGAUUAUGGCUGUUGUCCUCUUCCGAAUGCAGUCUGUUGUUCUGAUCACUUACAUUGCUGUCCCAGUGGAACAACCUGUGAUACAACUAGUAACACAUGCCUGGAGUCUGGCAUAAAAUUUAUUGAUAUCAAAUCUAGUGACGUUUCAGUGACAGACGUGCCAUGCCCAGAUGGUGAUACUUGUGAGGAUGGUAACACUUGUUGUAGUCUUGGAAAUGGUGAUUAUGGCUGUUGUCCUCUUCCAAAUGCAGUUUGUUGUUCUGAUCAUGUGCAUUGCUGUCCGGAAGGUUACACAUGUGAAGUAUCUACAGGAGAGUGUCUGAGGUCGGUUACAUCAGAUGCACAACUUGUUCAAGUCAAAUCCACUGACGUUUCUGUUAAAGAUGUGACAUGCCAAGAUGGCAGCGAGUGUUCUGACGGCCAAACUUGUUGUAGCGUUGGAGAUAGUCGUUAUGGCUGUUGUCCUUAUCCAAAUGCAGUCUGUUGUUCUGAUCAUGAAUACUGUUGUCCUAGUGGUUCUACAUGUCUAUCUGGUGGCUACUGUGCAUCAGGGUCUGUACGUGCACUUGAGGAUACGCGUUUGCAUGGGAGUAAGAUUGGACUCAAAGCAGGAAUUUCAUGCCCGAAUGGCAUCGUUUGCAAACGCAGCCAAUCUUGUUGUUCAGUUGGCAACGAUAUGUAUGGCUGCUGUCCAUAUCCGAGUGCCGCGUGCUGUUCUGAUGGAAAGCAUUGCUGUCCAAGUGGCUACACGUGUGACCUCACACGUCACGGUAGUGGAAUUUGCCAACGAGUUCUCACCACAAGUGUUGCUCUUCAAGCAGUCCGGUCGACAACUUCCGUUUAUUGUCCAGAUGGUGAGUUCUGUGCCCAAGGUAGCACAUGCUGUCAGGAAGCUGACAAAAAAUAUGGCUGCUGCCCACUUGCCAAUGCAGUUUGUUGCUCAGAUCGCUUACAUUGCUGUCCACAAGGUUACAAAUGUGACAGCAGUGGAAUGUGCGUUAAGACAUCGGAGGUGGUGGUACUGGCUGGAUCGCAUGCGUCGACUCCUUCCUACUGUCCUGAUGGUUCUGUGUGUCCGGCUAAUUACGGAUGUUGUCCACACGCAAAGAGUGAACAUUACCGUUGUUGUUCGUAUGGACAGUCUGCUGUGUGUUGCUCAGACGGACGUCAUUGCUGUCCCGCUCGUCAUACCUGUGACAUCAAAAACAAUAUUUGUACUCCUAACGAUGAGGUUUUCGCUGCUGUAGCUCUUCAGGUUAUAGAUACACACACAACGACUUGUCCGGAUGGGAGAAAGUGUCCGGCUGGUGUCACAUGUUGUCCAACAAACGGCCUAGGUAGAUCAUAUGGUUGCUGUGGCGACGGUGCACAUGCUACAUGUUGCUCAGACUACGUCCACUGUUGCCCUCAUGGUUUCAAGUGUGAUCUAUCAAACGGUGUCUGUCGUCCUCCCAACGCACUCGAAAUGGAAAAAUCGUUGAUCGUGUUGCAGCCACGUUUGAAGUAUGAUGAGGAUUGCUCUCACAAUGGCACCUAUUGCGUGAUGAGUGAUGGACGAUAUGGUUGCUGUGAGGGUGGACAUGAUGCCAUAUGCUGUCCGGAUCGUAUGCAUUGCUGUCCACGUGGACAUCGAUGUGUGGGACACGGAUUGUGUGCUCGAGUGGGCGAUGUUGUUCAGAUGGCUGAGACUGUUGCGUCUCGUUCUGUGGAUGCUCGAGUGAUUGAUGAUGUUGUUAAGUUUGAGGAUGCGGAUGAGCUGUAGGUGUUGUUGGCUGUAGUGGAUUGGAGUAGUUGCCACUUGGUGUGGUGUUUGACUGCUGAGCUGUGUUGAGCUGUGUGUUAGCUUGUGCUGUGUUUGGAAAUGAAUGUUGAUGUGAUGG